AUGUGCGAACAGACGGGCCUCAUCAUCGCUUCCACGUUUAAGAGGAAUCAUCGACGCCAUCAGCUCACGUGGCAGGGGUCAACCCUUUUAAUGCCUGAAGUGCAGCGCAAGAGGAAGAUGAAGACCCUUAAGUUUCAGCUCGUCUACGUUCUGGCGAGGAACAUUCCUCAGUCAGAUAUCCGAAAAUCUAGAGCUAUUUGGGACGUCACUUUCGACUCCGACCACCGUCCAGUUCUCCUCAGCUUCAAGAUGCGGUUCCACAAGAGAAACCGAGGAGUUCCUCUUCAACCGAAAAUCGACAUGGCAGGUCUGAAAGACGAUGAAUGCAAAACAAAUUUCCGCCAACGCGUGUCUAUCGCUGGUGACUUCAACCCGGAAAAGCGUCUUAGAAGGAAGCGUCAACUGCAACGAGACCGUGAUAACGAGUGGACGUCAAGAGCGAUGGAGUUUGAGAAGGCGUGGGAGGAAAGGAACCCACGGAAAGCCUAUGCUCUACUAAAACAGUAUAGCGGCAAAAUAAAAAGAUGUUCUUCUGUCUUUAACACUGCCAAUGGAGUAGCUGUCGGUAAAGCAACCCUUCCAAUUUGGAGGGAACACUUCAAAACCUUGCUGAAGCGGCUAGCACCGUCAGCUCCUGAACUCGAACAUGUUCAUAGACCGACAUAUGCAGUUAACGAGGAGCCACAGAUCGAGUCGGAGGUUCUAGUCUGUAUUCGAAAAGUGAAGAAUGGACAAUCUGGUGGAGACGACGGGAUUAGCGCAGAAAUGCUAAAAUAUCUUCCUCCGUCUGGGAUUCGUGAGAUGGCAAAGAUGAUCCGUUCAAUCUGGAUAGACGAAAGGAUUCCUGACUCGUGGAGACACUAUCAUAAUUCCCCACCACAAGAAGUUAUCCGUCACGGUCCCUAG